GCGCAUCUCUAUGGUACCGGCGGGGGCGGGGCUUCCGCCGUUAGCCACGCCCAUUGCCGUGCUAUUGGGAGGGGCGGCGCCGGAGCGGCGCCGGCGCGCGGCGGGCGCGGCGCAUGCGCAGUGCGGGAGCGCGCCCGGCCCAGGCGAGUGUCCGGAUUUUCGGGAAGCCAGGAGCGGUGCAGCCGCCUCUCUCCCAGCAUGGCAGACCAGAAGCGUCUGGCCUUCUCCAUCAUCCAGUUCCUGCACACCCAGCUCCAGAAUGGGAGCAUGUCCCCCGAUGCUCAGGAGAGUUUGGAAGUGGCCAUCCAGUGCCUGGAAACAGCGUUUGGGGUCUCCAUGGAAGACCAAAGCCUGGCUGUGUCCCAGACCCUUCCCGAAAUAUUUGAAGCCGUGGCAGGGAAGGAGCUGGAACACUCCAGAACGAACUCGGAGCCCGUCACCCCCUCAGAAGAUGACGUGGCUGAAGCUGAAAGACUCAAGACUGAAGGAAACGACCAAAUGAAGGCAGAAAACUUCGAGGCUGCCGUGUCUUUUUAUGGAAAAGCCAUCGAGUUGAACCCAGCCAACGCCGUUUAUUUCUGCAACAGAGCUGCUGCCUACAGCAAACUGGGGAACUACGCGGGAGCCGUGCGGGACUGCGAGCGAGCCAUCGGCAUCGACCCCAGCUACAGCAAAGCCUACGGCAGGAUGGGCCUGGCCCUGUCCAGCCUAAACAAACACACAGAAGCUGUUGUUUACUACAAAAAAGCUCUGGAGCUGGAUCCGGACAACGAAACCUACAAAUCCAACCUCAAAAUAGCUGAACAGAAAAUGAAGGAGACUCCCAGUCCGACCAGCGGCCCCGGAGGGUUCGACUUGGCCGGAUUGCUGAACAACCCCGGCUUCAUGAGCAUGGCCUCAAACCUCAUGAACAACCCCCAAGUACAGCAGCUAAUGUCCGGGAUGAUCUCGGGAGGCCACAACGCCAUGGGAGCGGCCGGGAGCAGCCCCUCCACCAACGACCUGGCCAGCCUGAUCCAGGCGGGCCAGCAGUUUGCGCAGCAGAUGCAGCAGCAGAACCCCGAGCUCAUCGAGCAGCUGCGCAGCCAAAUCCGCAGCCGCACGCCGAGCGCCAGCAACGAGGAGCAGCAGGAGUGAGCCCCCGGGUGUUCCAGACUCUGCUCCGGCCGCAGCCGCCUCCGCCGCCAACCCCUGCCCUGGGAGUGUCCACGAGGGGAAAAUCCCAAACCUGCUCUGGAUGAAACCACGGAAUUCCCAAAACCUGCCCCGGAUGAAACCACGGAAUUCCCAAACCUACCACGGAAUUCCCAAAGCUGCCCUGGAUACAGCCACGGAAUUCCCAAAACCUGCCCCGGAUGAAACCACGGAAUUCCCAAACCUGCUCUGGAUUAAACCACGGAAUUCCCGAAGCUGCCCCAGAUGAAACCACAGAAUUCCCAAAACCUGCCCUGGAUACAACCAGGGAAUUCCCAAAGCUGCCCCGCAUGGCCCCGAGAAUUCCCAUUCCCCUGCUCCUCCUUUUCCCCUUCCCAAGUUUAUUUUUUGGGGUUUUUUUUUUCCUGGCAGCCCCGGCAGAGCUGAAGUCAGAAUUCCCCAGGGAAAUUCCCAGAUCCCUGUGGGAUUUGCUGCCUGGGGGGGGUUUUAAUUCCCGAUUUUUUUUUGGUUUUUUGGAGCGUUUCCAAGCGAAUAUUUCUUUUUUUUCCCCUAAUUUUCCCCUCGGGAGCCACUUCCAAGAAGUGUUGGAGUCCCUGCUCAUCCCCACCCUGGAAUUCCCGGGAUUUUCCAUCUCUGGGAAUGAGGAUUUUGCUCCAAAAUCUGGGAAUCUUUUGGGAAUUUUGCUGCUUCCCCUCUCCAGGAUCCACGGGGGACUCAGGACUGAACCUCCCCCAGGCAUUUUUGGGGUUUUCCCCCAUCCCAAAAAAAUCCUGGAAAAAUCCCAUUUGCUCGUGCAGCAACUCUGGCAAAAUGGGAAUUUCUCCCAUGGAAUGUGAGCAGGGAGGGAGUGAAGGCGUUUUUAGUGUGUUUAAAGGAGUUUUUUUCUGAAUUAUUUUGAUUUUAUUUUUUUUUUUAAUUGCAUGUCAGUGAUCAGCCUGGCUGGGCUGGGGUGGAGGGAAUCCAAAAAAUCCCUUUUGGAUCCAAAAUCCAGGAUUUGGGCAGGGAAAAGCCCCUGGAGCCACCUCAAAUCCCAGCUCGGGGGAAACCCAGAGGGAUUUAUUUUAAAAUCCAGAAUGGAUUUAAAUCCGAUUUUCGGCUCUUGGGGGAGGAGGAGCCCCUCUGGAACGUUGGGGAGACGGAAAAAAUCAUGGAAAAAAGUGAUUUUUUUUGGUCGAGGCUCCGUGGAAUUCGUGUGGUUCGUGUCACUCGUGAGGAAUAAAAACCAUUUGGACACUUUGGUUGUUA